AUGGCCCCCGAUAGAGGAAGCGUCGAGGUAACGGCUCCCCCGUAUCCGUCCGGAACCGAAGAAGAGGUUAAGCAUCUUCCGGAGGGCCAGCAUUUCACUCUUCGGGGUGUUGCCGCCGGUCUACUUGUCGGGCUGAUAAUAUGUUUUAGUAAUAUGUAUUUCGGGUUACAGACCGGCUGGAUUUCUAUGAUGACAAUGCCUGCUAGUUUAUUGGGCUUUGGUAUCUUUAAGACUCUGUCACGUCACCUAUCAUUUCCAUUUUCCCCAGUGGAAAAUGUUCUUGUGCAAUCUGUGGCAGGCGGAAUGGCGAUCAUGCCUCUUGGUUGUGGAUUCGUAGGCGUGAUACCAGCUAUGGAGUAUAUGAUGGACUCAUCAGAACAAGGUCCAAUAAGACUAAGCAUGUGGAAACUCAUAAUUUGGUCUCUAGGUCUUUGCUACUUUGGUGUUGUAUUUGCCGUUCCGUUACGCCGCCAAGUGAUCAUCAGAGAGCAAUUGAAAUUCCCAAGCGGAUUUAGUACCGCAGUUCUCAUUGGGGUCCUUCAUGGCAAAGGACAAACUCAGAACAGCGGUACAUUAGAUACGUCGAAAGCCGCCACUUUUGGCAGUCUAGCACUGGAGAAUCAACCACUUCUACAGACCGAAGGUACUGAUGGUGAGGGUAACGUCGCUGAUUCGGCUGAUGGAAUACCACCCGCAGAGACGACAAAGCCUUAUAACUGGGGUUCUAAUAUCCGGCUACUUCUGAUUACGUUUGGAAUAUCUGGCUUUUAUACCCUCUGCACUUAUUUCUUUCCUAUACUUAGGAACCUCCCUAUCUUCGGAACGGUGGCAGCGGAUACUUGGCUGUGGACUCUAAACCCAAGUCUCGCGUACGUCGGUCAAGGUAUUAUAAUGGGUCCUUCUACAACUAUACAUAUGCUUCUCGGAGCGGUAGUUGGCUGGGGUAUCCUAUCUCCCCUUGCUAAAUUUCGUGGCUGGGCCCCAGGACCGGUCGAUGAUUGGGAGGAAGGUAGUAGAGGCUGGAUUGUUUGGACUUCUCUUGCUAUUAUGCUAGCAGAUGCCAUUGUCAGCCUAGGAUACAUCGCCUUCACCCCCCUUAUGAAGAACUAUCCGUCUAUAUUUGCCAGCAUCAGACGGCAAUUUCAAUACGAUGAGCUUAAAAAUUUAUUCUUUAGUCGAUCUAGAGGAUACACAGCGAUUCAGAGCAGCGAAGACGACCCGAGAAUUUCAGUAGCCACGAGUAACUCGGAAGACGUAGAUGGUCUACCAAGCCCGCUAGUUGAGCGUAGGAAUCCUUUCGACACGCAACCGACUGAUACUCAAAGAGCCUGGGAUCAAGAUGAUGCACCUCCUGAGCAACUGGUCGGAAAUAGAACAGUUAGUGUUGGUCUCGUUGCGUCGGUCCUCUUUUGCAUCGCUAGUAUUCAUAUCACGUUUGGCGAUCUGGUUCCCCUAUAUGCUACUAUCAUAGCCGUUCUAAUGGCAAUGGUUUUGAGCAUAAUGGGAGUUCGAGCUUUAGGUGAAACAGACCUGAACCCCGUUUCCGGAAUCAGCAAGCUAGCACAGCUUUUCUUCGCAUUAAUUAUUCCACAAUCUCACAAAUCAAGUGUACUCAUCAACUUGGUGGCUGGCGCUGUAUCGGAAGCUGGUGCAUUACAAGCGGGUGAUCUCAUGCAAGAUCUGAAGACCGGCCACUUACUGGGUGCAGCACCUAAAGCGCAGUUCUGGGGCCAGAUCAUUGGCGCGACUGUGGGUGCCGUUGUCAGUGCGUUCAUCUAUCGGUUAUACACUGCUGUAUACGAAGUUCCUGGGGACCUAUUCCAAGUACCAACCGGCCGUGUAUGGAUCGCAACUGCAAGAUUAGUCACUGGGAAGGGAUUGCCAGAAAUGGCCAGGAAUUAUGCUAUCGGUGGAGCGGUUAUUUUCGCUAUCUUCACUGCCCUUCGUGCAAAGGCGAUUGGAAAGAGCUGGCAUGCGUAUAUACCUGGCGGGAUCGCCGUGGCAGUUGGCAUGUACAAUGUCCCAUCUUUCACAUUAGCAAGAACUAUUGGUGGUUUGAUAAACUGGUACUGGAGGAUAUACCUGCGAAAGGAUGAUACACCGCUUAUUAUCCUUGCGUCGGGUUUCGUCUUAGGAGAAGGGGUUUUGAGUAUCGUCAAUUUGCUAUUACAGAGUUCUCAGGUUCCUCACCUCUGA